AUGUUUGAAGCUGAUAAUAGAGUUAAAAUGUUUUUAUCCAGAGCUAUUUUUGAAGCUGGACAAGUUACUGAUGCUUCUAAGAUAGUUAAAAGUCUUGCUGAAGCAAAUUAUCCAUUUACAAAUGAAGAUAAAACAUUAAUCGUCGAUAUUUACGAAGCUCUAGUUGUUCCUCUUCGUACAGCAGUAAUGAAUAUUGAUAAUGGUCUCGAACCUGAUAGUUCUGUACAAUCUGCUUUACAAGAACUUAAAACUUUGUUAUUAACAGGUACAGAUGACAUAAUCAAUAUCAUACAAAAGAAUAUCCUUCCAACAUGUGAUACUGAUGAAUCACGUGCAAACUUCCUUAAAGCACAAGCUGAUUUUCAAAGAUAUAGAGUUAUCAGUCUUCCUGCUGAAAAAAUGGCUGAGGCUGCAGAGCAAUCACAACAAUCAUACAAGAAAGCUCAAGACGUGUUAAAUAUCAUGCCAAAUCCACCAAUAGAUUUAUCCUUAAAAUUACAGUUGAAUCAGGCUAUUCUCUUGGCUGAUUUUCUCGGCCAGAAAGAUAAAGCUAUCGAAGACAUUACUCAGCUUCGAAAAGAUACAUCAUCUUCAUUUGAAAAAUAUUCAGAUGAUAUUAAGCCAAAAAUCAAUGAAAUUAUUGAUCUCAUGGAUGAGAAUCUUAGCAUCUGGAAGAAUGAAGAGUAA